AAAAUACUCAUUCUUCAACCUGUUUAAGUUUAAAUUUUGUUUUGAGAAUUGUGUAGUAAAAUAGAUUACAUGUUUAAUUCCAGCAUGAUUGUCUUCUCAAGAAUACAAAAGAGGUGAUCAAAGGAAAGCAAAUCUUCUUUCCAGAGUCACCCUACUUCUGCCGCUGGCUGCCGUGACAAGAACAACAAAAGCUAUGCUUGCAGCCAUUCGGAGAUUCAACACAGUGGCAGAACAAACUGCACGACUAACCAGAUUCUCACUUCACCCCCCAAAAUACGUAGAAGUGGAAUUUACCAAUUGUAGUGUAUUCAAGUUGUCUGCUGAAUUUCUCAGAAUAAAUAGCCCUGCUGUUGAUGGUAAAAUCAGAUCAAUUGGAGGUGAAAAGGUGAUAUCUGGAAGACGCCAUGUGGGAAUUAUGUCGGCAGAACCAGUAGGAAACUACGGGGUAAGGCUCAAUUUUGAUGACUUGCAUAAAACUGGUAUUUAUUCCUGGGAUUAUUUCUAUCAUCUAGGAAGCAACAAGUUUACCCUCAUGAGAAAUUACAUUAAAACAUUGAAGAAACACGAGCUUAGUCGAGAUCCACGAGGAAGAAAAUGAUGCAGACUUCUGUUUGAUUACCCAAAACAUAGUUUGAGAUGUGUUGCUUGUUGUCACUUAACAGAAUGACCUUCUGGUAACUCAUUUGUUGUAACUGAAACUUGUGAUAUUAUUAUUGAUUGUGUUGAAUGAAAUUUGAAUGAUGAA